AUCUCCUUCCCCACCCCACCUUAUCCUCCACCUCCUCCUCCUCCCACACAGAAACAAAAACCAGCAUAUACCCUUCCCCAUUCCAUGGAUCCUUCUGAUUCUUCUUCUUCCUUUUGAAUUCCCCUUCUCCUUCAAUCACACACAAAAAUCAAAACCCUAAAGACAAAAUCCCUCUCAGAUUCCAAUUCCUUGACACUCUCCACCUCCAUCAAUGGCUGCUUAUUCCUCUGCAAGACCCACUCUCUCUUUCCAUCUCUCCCAACCUUCCCUUCCAAUUCCCAGAUUCAACUUCAAACCCCCCGCCUCCGCCUCUGCCGCUGCCGCCACCGUCCCUGCCGUUCCGCCGUUGCAGAGAUCGGCGGCGGCGAGACCCAACUCCAUUUUUACCCUUAACUCUAUCGACGUCUCUAAGGAAGAUAAACCCACUUCUGAUGACCCAAAUACGCCAUCGCCGCCGCCGGUUGUGGCGGUGGAUGAGGAGGAGAAGUUUGAUAAGCGGCGGCUGGAGGAGAAAUUUGCAGUGCUGAACACAGGGAUAUAUGAGUGCAGGUCAUGUGGGCAUAAGUUCGAUGAGGCGGUCGGGGAUCCAACGUAUCCCAUAGCGCCGGGACUGCCGUUUGAGCAGCUGCCGGAGGAUUGGCGGUGCCCGACGUGUGGGGCGGCGAAGAGCUUCUUUGAGAGUAAGAGUGUGGAGAUUGCUGGGUUUGCUCAGAAUCAGCAGUAUGGACUUGGAGGGAACACUUUGACUUCUGGCCAGAAAGCUGUGCUUAUAUAUGGAAGCUUGUUCUUCUUCUUUGCUCUCUUCCUUUCUGGCUAUUUCUUGCAAUGAUGGAUGAUGGAUGAUCAAUCAGGUGGAUUGAAUAAAUUAUAUAGGAGUUUGUGUAUCUUGUUUGGUGGACUCCAAAUUCUCACUGAAUUUUUUGUGUUAGACAAAACAAAAACAAAGCAUACUGUUGAAUUAUAUAUAAACUUCACUCUCAAUCUUCUUGAUCCUGGUGAAGUCAAUGAAUUCGCCAAAUGUAAUCAACCGCGAGAAAUGAGACAUUUUCUAUCUCGUCAGGUAAAAAAAAUGACUUCUAGAGUUUGCUAACCACCAAAAUUUGGGAAAAACUUACCAUUAUAUUGGCUGACACCCACUUUGAUUUUGUAUUUAUUAUAACAAAUGCCAUGUUUUGGGAUGUUUAA